AUGUCUCGCGACGAAUCGCCCUUCGUACGCGCCCCGGCCGAAGAAGAAGGUUACAACGGGAUCCAUCGCGCAUUCUUACAAGCGUUCCAUACGCACAGCGUCCUCACAGUAGACGAAACGAAGUCUAUCCUCGCCCAUGUGAUGACUGCACACAACCCCGAACGCCCAUGGACAGCCGGCGACGUAACCCAGCCAAACAUCACGUCCACCAUACAAACCAUAAACGCCAAAAUCGAAGCCUUCGACUACGAGAUCCGAUCAACACGCGACCAGCAAACCAAGGAAAGCAUCUACGCCCUCGUUAACAACGCAAGCGACACCGUCACCCAAUUCGCUACCACCUUCUCCGCAAACGAAAUCGCAUACAUCAGACGCGUCCUCGACCAAAUGUUUGAGACAAAUAACACCAACAUCCGCGAAGUCAUGGCGGUGAAACAUACAGAAGCCUCACAGCUUGCUCGCACCUCACGCCGGAACAGACAGAGUCAGGCAAACAGCAGACAGAGCCAGGUCAACGGCGAUGCAGACACCCAGGCCAGCGCUGAUACGGGGAUAACGAUAGCCGAGGCAGAUCAGGUCCUGGAAACACUCGUCUCGCAAGCCUUCUUCCAAAAGUCCAAAGCGGGUUACUAUUCCCUGGCUCCACGCGCGCUCAUGGAACUCCGCGCUUACCUCAAGGAAACGUACAACGAGUCUGCCGAAGAAAACGAGGAUGGGCGGGAGAUCAUCAGGAUCCGGGAUUGUGAGGGGUGUAAGGAUAUCGUUACGUUUGGCAUUAGGUGCAACAACAAAGAGUGUGGGGUUCGAUGGCACGAUGCGUGUGCUAAUAGCUACUAUCGGGGCAGAAGCGGGGAUCGUAGGAAAUGUCCCAAGUGUCAGACGGAAUGUACAGGAGACGUGUUUGUAGGAGAAAGGGCGGCUUGGACGGGACCAAGGACGAGCACUGGCGGUAAUCGGCGCAGCACGCAGCAGCAGGAAGUGGAAGACGAGGAAGAAGAUGAGUGA